AUGUUCCUCGACCCGGAGCCCAACAGGCAAAAGCUGCAGGUGUCCAGUUCACCAUUCUUCGCAGCUCAGAUGCCUGCUGAACGAGCUGGAGACCAACGAUGGCGGAAAGCUCGCAAACCAUUGCACGAGCGCACUUUGUCGCAGAUGAACCAGCGGAGCCCGGAGAAAUCUGGAACUGGAGGCGCAGUCAAAUCCACACCCGCACCUACGGUCCGCUUAGUCAGGCAUUCUCCAACAUCUUCGUCGCCAGAACAGAGUCCUACAGAACCCGAUGUUGGAAAGCUCGAAACUGCUCACGUUCGAGUGGCAAGGACGGUUAGUCUGAAAAGAUAUUCAAGCGAUCGUGCGGCUCGCUUGUCGUCUUCAGCGGAACCAGCACUGGUGCAGGAAGCUAGUGCAGCCGAACAAGGAUUCCGACCUUCAAGCCCAGACGAAAGUGUUUCAGGUUUGCGCAAUUCAACCUAUGAUGAGCCGCGGAAGUUGGAUCUACCACCAAGUAUCACCCUGCUGCCGAACAAUGCCACCCAUGUUGUUCCUAAAACAGCAUGGCAUCGCCGCGACGCUUCCUCUGGGAACUACUCCAACUCCUCAACGCUGCAAGAUAUUGACAGCAGUCUUGUCACGCAUAGCAUACGGACAGACAGGCUCAGUGGAGGUACAACUUUGCGCGGGACGCCGACACCGUACGAACAGGAACAUCCCAAGCACAUCGACCUAGAGGAGUCACGGCAAGGACCUGCAUAUGCACUUCAAACACUGCAGGAGACAUCGCCCGAGGAGCCCACUGUCCGAGCUAUCCCGCCCUCCAACGAGUCGUCAUCUACGCAUGAUCGACUGAGCUCGAUCCCGUCAGAGCCCUCUCUGCCGCGCCCUCGCACUGCACAGUCGCCACCUGGCCGAGAACCAACGCCAGAGGUGUUCGAUCCAAGUCCGCGACGCUUUUCGGCAGACAGUAUUGCACCCCUACCACAAACUGUUCGCGACUACUCACACCGAACUCCCCGACACCAGCAAAGUCAGGAAUCUCUAUCGCCGAAUCAAUCAAUUUUCCCAGAGGCAUCUUCUCCAAUCUUCGUUGUAUACGAAAGCGACUCCUCGCGGCCGCGAUCGCGCAGCCAACCAUUGCGGUAUACCCCAUCGAUUGAGUCGAUACAGUCGCGGCUACAGUAUCCUUCGAUCGUCCGACCAGACACUGGCCGUAGUCUCGCACGUACCAGCUCAUCUGCAUCAUACCAUCACCCUUCGUCCUCGGUCGGCACACUUGCGCCGCUACAGGUAACAAGAAAGAGACCGCGCAACAAACCUGGACCAGUCUCCGCUACUGCCAGGACCGACAGCGGCAAGAUGGAUGAGGAUUAUGAUACCCUGCCAUAUCCGCGACAGCACUUCAGCAGCCACCUCAGCACCAUCGCGAGCGAAAGCGACCAGCAGAGUAGAUCGAACAGUCGGCAACUGAGCCACUUUUCACUAGGUAGCGGCGUGCUCACCGGAGAUGAUGCGAGCAGUAUUCCACUCUCUGGCCGGAGAGGAAGGCGUGGUAGUGCGCCAGUCGACUCAACAUCAUCUUCGCGGAUCAUGCGUCUGGGUCGCAGCAGUGAAGAACAGGAGCCUGGAGACAUGACACUUGGGAUAUUUCGUGAGGAAAGUGCAAAGCCGGAGCCGUUGUUCGACCCGAAAGCUGGAGUUGGCGGAAGGAAGUACGAUGGGCCCUUGCCACCAAUCCCACCGAUUCCGAAGGGCAGAGAUGAGGACGAGAAUUUCGAUACUGUGUCCGAACUGCAGCAGCCUUCCCUCAGACCAAAACGAUCUGGAUACUCGUUGCGAAACAGGAGUAACAGCACACCCAGUCGCAGUGGCAGUCAUUCUCGCCAGGUCAGUCAGAUCAGCUAUAUUGAUAGCGAUCGCGGCAGUCACGGCAGCAGUAUCUUUCCGCUAUGGGCAAAGAACUUCUAUGGUGGAGGUGCGACUCUGUUAUCGUCCAGCAAGAUAUCUCUGGGAGGCGACUAUCGCACACCACAUCCCCAGCAGAGGCAGCAACAUGGCCGCAAUGCUAGCAACUGGACAGAGAGAAGUGUCACAAGCCGAUUGGGUACUGGGUACAGCGAGAUCGAGUCCGACAGUCCUUCGAGCAGUCGCUUCUUGCCUAGCAUUUUCCGACCCCGAACACGACCAAAGGGAGAAGGCACUGGACGCAUGUCAAAUCUGCGGCGAAGCAAGAGAAGUCGACCUUCGGGUGAUACUGAAAGCAGACCAGAUUCUCUAGCCAUCUUCAGCGAGCCUUUCCCUCCACUUCCUGGGGCUGAGGGCGAAGUACUACCUUCCGGCCAGCCGAAAUUUGGCAAGCUCAAGGACAACUGUGAAGACGAGGAAGCACAGGCGCAUCGUCCACUAAAGAGGAAGUACUCGAAGCAGAAACAUUGGAACGAGAUGGAGUUCCCACGACCUAUGACGAAAGAUCGACUAAGUGACUUUGCGCUGGAGCACCCACACCUUACGCCUUCACGAAGGCAAGGCAAACUCUCGACCUGGCGCCCGCCUUCAUUCGUGGAGAGUCUGGACACCCUUGUGCGUUCGCGCUGCAAUCGACAGAUUCUGCUUUUUGCUCUCGGCUUCAUCUGUCCGCUGUUAUGGAUGCUUGGCGCUGUACUGCCUCUCCCGAGUAGACCUGCUCAGCAGGACCAUGAGAAGAGCAUAGGUGGUAGUGAGGAGGAUGUGCAGAUGGCUAUGAUGAAGCACGAAGCUGGCGAUGCUGAGCGAAGAUGGCGGGAGGAGAAGCAGUGGAUGAAGGCGAGGUGGUGGAGGACGCUGAAUCGUGUUAUGAGUAUUAUUGGUGUGCUCGUUAUUGGCGCGGUGAUUGCGCUGGCUGUUGUUGCGACAAGGCCGAACUCACGUCUUAGCUAG